GCAGAAUCAAAUGCUGGAUUUUUUUUUACGGAAACCCGGUUCCCGCGUCCAUCGUCUCCCUUCUCAUUAUAGGUCAACACAUAUAGUAUAAUACAUAAUUAAAAAUGGGUGUAAUUGUUUUGUUUGGCUCUGGAAACCCAUGGCCCAUUUCCCUAGCAAUGUGCGUCGUAGUCACGAGCAUUUUCAAGGUGGGCGCUGUUCAAAAGGUUUUGCUCUUUGGUGGCAACGGGUUCAUUGGAUCAGAGACUGCCACUUACCUGCUCGACAAGGGCAGCUAUGACAUAACAUUGGUCAAUCGUGGGAACUGGUACUAUGAUUCCGAAACCAGGGUGAAACCCAGGGUGAGGUCCCUUCGCUGCGACCGGUUCAAGGACUGCAGCAUGAAUGACCCAGGGCGAUGCGAGGCCCUGGAGAAAUGCGACGAGGUCAUGGAGUUUGUGCGCAGUGUGGACAAGUUUGACUUUGUCGUCGAUUUCAGCGCUUAUAACCCAAAGAUUCUGAAGAAUUCGCUGCGAGUGCUUGACGAGAAAGUCGGCUUGUACAUUUACAUCAGCACGGAUUCCGUUUAUGAAGUGAGCCAGGAAGCAGAACACGACAGACUGUCGCUAGAGGGCGACGCCGUUCGACCGGACGACGUGGACGAGAGUGCUGCCCUCUCUGAGCAAGACCCGUACGGUUCCGAGAAACUGGCUUGCGAAGAACUACUCGCAGCUUCUGGAUCCGUCCGCUACGUGUCGCUCCGUCUCCCCGACGUUUUCGGACCUCGAGACACGACUUACAGAAGCUGGUUGCAUUUCCUUCGAAUAAGGUACUACGAUGUCAUCGAUGAACCAGUGCAGGUCCCAGAAGAUGGUGCAACAAGUGAAACGAGUCUGGUCUACGUGAAAGAUGUCCCUGUUGCAGUCGAAGCAGUGAUGUUGUCGCCGGGAAGCAAAGUUCACAACCAAGCUUACAACAUUGCCAGCAAAGACACUUUUCAACCCAUAAGGUUCCUCGAAGAAUGGGGUAAAAUGAUCCUCGAAAAGGACAUAGUCGUCACAGAAGCUGCUGGCGACGUUCCUUCUCUGGGAUUCCCAUCAGUAACACGGGGCCCGAUUUCGAUCCAGAAAGCUGAGCGAGAACUCAAGUUCAAACCGACGCCUCUGGCAAAGGCCAUGACGGAAACUGCGGAAUUUUAUGAAACAGCCUUGGCGGAUUUUGAGAAAGAAAGAAACGAAGUUUUGGACGUGUUUUUGGACUUUUUCCCCGAAAGCAAACAUGACGAUAUAAUGGACGAAGUGGAAAAGCACUUGGCGACCAGAGCACUGCAUGGCCAGUCAAUUGUCAGGGUCGUCGCCGACACGCGUUGGCAACCCGCGAAUGGACUGUCGCACAGUGUCGACACGGAAAGAAAUGGAAAAAGAGUUCGACAGUCUCAGUACGUGUGUCGCGAGGAGCCCAGCUCCGGAUGGCCGUCGCUCCGUCUGCGCGAUUUGCAUCGCAUGAAUGCGGUCCUUUGCGGCGGCGGCGGCGAUGGCGGCUGUCGCCAGUCGCUUCUGUUGAGUGCCUUUGGGCGGCUCAUGGCGCCACUUGCUGUUGUCAUGCUGGUCACCACAUCGGUGGCGGUGGAAUCUGGCGUUGUUCCAGGAUCAAAACACCUUCUACUACAACCUACUCCUGUGAUCCUUCUGCUUUCCCUUGUGGUGAUGGGUACUUGGAGUACCUGUGUCCUCGAGGGAGAUGGCGUUGUCUGCGACGAUAUGUGCGGAGACGACGUCAUCAUGGCAUUGGACUAUGGUCGUUGCGUCAUUUUUAAUGGCAAGGACUUGUUCUUGGAUUGUGUUCGUCUGCGGCGGUUGAAGGUGAGGUUGCUGCUCACAGGUGGUGCAGCUGCUACAACCGGUGACGUGCUUUGGGCGUUGAGAGGGGUUAGACAACGUUGUCACUCCUUGGGAAUUUUGUCUGGACAGCGUCAGGAGUUCAACUCCACCAACCACAAGUUCAAUGAUGACAUCAGUGUCGAGGGUGUCUCAGGUGACGACAAUCACUACAGAGGCUGUGAUUCGUCAUUCCGCAGCUGCCAAGGAUAA